GCUGGACAUGGAUUUCACCGGGGCAGCCGACUUUGUGGACCUGCCCCUCCUUCACAAUGUUGUGAGGUCCACCAUUCUGCAUGCUGUAAGCGCGGCUGUCGUUCUGCCAGCACGGAUCGCCGUCGACCUGAACGAGGACGAUGAAACCGAUCAGGCGGAUCUCAGCUUCCCACCUCCCGUGGGCAUUCUGCGAAUCCUCGUGAGGAAGGGCACGGACCUUGUGGCCGCCGAUUUUGGCCUGCGACCCUCGUCGGACCCAUUCGUUGUAAUCGAGGUGGGGCAGCAGUGUUGGCAGUCCUCCGUUGUCGAGAAGUCCUUGAACCCUGUCUGGGAGCACGGAAAUGUGCAAGAUUUCUUGGUGUACGACAAGGGCCAGAAGGCCAACAUCCUUGUUUACGACAAGGACAACUAUUCUCGCGAUGACCUCAUCGGAUCAGUGUCGCGGAUUGACCUGGAGCCGCUCAUGGUUCGGAAGCCGUGCGACACUGACUUUUCACUCAGCCUGGAGGGACGGCCAGCCGGCUCUUUGCAGAUCUCCUCGCGUUGGUUUGAACUCUCCCCGUCGGCUCCGCGUGAUAUCCCUGCGGCCGUGGCGAGGGGGCCUUCGCAAUUGGUCCUGGCCGUGAAGCUCUUAGGCACAGCGGGAGAUCAGGAGCAAGUGAUUGGUGAUGAUGUUUCAGAUGUUUUUGACUUCAGAACUUUUCUGUCGGAUGCUGCACGAGUGGUCAUCCCACACACAGCUGCAACGUCAAUAGUGUUGUCCCGGAUUUUUGUGGACCGCGGCACGUACGAAU